AUGCCACCUAAGGAUCGCGGCAGAGGCAAGCUGCCAAUUCCUCUUCCAAGAGACAUGAUCCUGAAAGACACCGAAGGAAAAAGCUGGAGACUGGGCAGUCAGAUCGGCCAGGGAGGCUUUGGCUUGAUCUAUUUAGCUUCCCCUCAAAUCCAUGUUCCUGUGGAUGAUGAUGCAGUUCAUGUAAUUAAAGUGGAAUAUCUUGAAAAUGGCCCAUUAUUUUCUGAACUGAAAUUUUACCAGAGGGCUGCAAAACAAGAGCAUAUAAGAAAAUGGAUGAAUCUCAAAAAAUUAAAAUGUCUAGGGAUUCCAGUGUUUUGGGGAUCAGGCUUGGCAGAAUACAAGGGAAAAAGCUAUAGGUUCAUGGUCAUGGAGAGACUAGGGGAAGACCUUCAAAGAAUCUUUGAGGAUUGUGGAAGCAGAUUUAAGAAGGAGACUGUUCUGCAACUUGGAGCACGAAUGUUGGAUACUUUGGAAUAUAUACAUGAAAAUGAGUAUGUUCAUGGUGACAUUAAAGCAGCAAAUCUACUUCUGGGCUACACCAAUCCACAUGAGGUUUAUCUUGCAGAUUAUGGACUUUCCUACAGAUAUUGUCCCAAUGGGAACCACAAACACUAUCAGGAAAAUCCUAGGAAGGCCCAUAAUGGGACAAUAGAGUUUACCAGUAUAGAUGCCCACAAGGGAGUAGCUCCAUCCAGACGAAGUGACCUUGAAAUUCUUGGCUACUGUAUGCUGCAAUGGUUGUGUGGGAAGCUCCCCUGGGAACAGAACCUGAAGGACCCUGUAUCCGUCCAGACUGCGAAAACAAAACUUAUGGAUGAGCUCCCAGAUUCAGUGAUGGAAUGGGAUUCUUCUGGAAGCAGCUCUAGUGAAAUAUCCAAAUUUUUGGCAUGUGUUCAUGGCUUGGCUUAUGAUGAGAAGCCAAAGUAUCAAGUGCUCAAGAAAAUCCUGAUGAAUGGACUGGAGUCAAGUGGAACUUGUUAUGAUGGCCCUCUGGACUUUCAUGCUGCAGCCGGCAUGCAAAAUCAUUGCACUGCUAAAGCCUCAAAACAAGUUCACUUACCAAAGCCUGUGCAGAAGCAAAAGAAGGAAGGUGAAGAAAACAUCUGUCACAGCAAAGCCUGUAUAGGGAAAACAGGCAAACUACUGCAAGAUGAAGAAAAGCCAAGCAAAUUUACCAGGAUGCCUCACCAAAAAGAGCCUCAGCAGGUUUACUUACCAAAGCCUUCACCAAAGACAGUGCAACAGAAGCAAAUUAAGGUGAAAGAGGAAGAACUGAACUGCCUAACCAGGUCCCGUGCUCAUAUAAUAUGCCAGCAGUUCCAGUCUGAAGAGAAGCCAAUUCAAUUUUACACUCCGAUGCAGGAGACUGAUCACCCACAGAAGAAAGACACUGCAAGACAAUUACCAUUUGGCCCCCAAGCAAUAUUCUCUGGACCCAAAAAGAAACAUGACCAACUUUUAACUACAGAUCAUUCAGUAUCACUGCAAGAAACAGUUUCUGACAGCACUAGUCCUUCUCUAUCUGUUAUGUUUAGGCUUGCAUUUACUGAUGAAACAUACCACUACAGUAUAGCUAUGCUUGUCCUUCUGUUACUAAUAGUACUUUCCUUGUAUUUUCUUUGAUGCAUUGUUUCACUGUCCUCAGUGUUCCCAACGCACAG